AAGAGCGAGACGAGAGAGCGACUCUUGAGUUUGUUGGUAAUGGGGAGUGAUUUGAAGGCAUGGGUCUCAGACAAGUUGAUAUCACUCUUGGGAUACUCGCAGCCUACUCUGGUGCUAUAUAUGAUUGGGUUAUCAAAGACAACUUCGUCCCCGUCUGACUUCGUCGGUAAGCUUGUGGAUUUUGGGCUAUCGGCAAGUAAUGAAACGCGUAAAUUUGCAGAAGAGAUCUACGGGAGGGUUCCGCAUAAAGGUUCGGGGAUUAAUGUCUAUCAGAAACAAGAACGAGAGGCGGCGUUACUGGUUCGGAAGCACAAAACUUACUCUAUUUUGGAGGCCGAUGAUGAUGAUGACCAUGAUGUUGGAGGUGGCAGUGGUAAUGGCUCUCAUAUUCCCGCGGCUUCUGAGGUCAGAAAUGCCGAUGACAGUCGUAAGAAACGGUUCAGGAAGAAGACCGAGAAUGAUCAGGAAGACGAAGAUGAUGAGGUGGUUACAAACAUGGAAGAAAAAAGACGAGUUAAGCAACGGACUAAUGAUGAUUCUGAGUCGGAGGAAGAAAUAUUGUGCGACCAAAGAGAGAGGGAGGAGUUAGAGCGCCACCUCAAAGAUCGGGAUGCAGCAGCGACGAGGAAGCUAGGCGAGGCAAAGUCGAGGAGGAAUGAGGAAGAAGAAUUGGUAAUUCGGAGAUCUAAUGCUUUGGAGCAAGAUGGCAUGAAUACUUUAAGAAAAGUUUCAAGGCAAGAGUAUUUGAAGAAAAGGGAGGAAAAGAUAGUGGAUCAGCUCAGGGAUGAUAUAGAGGAUGAGCAGUAUCUUUUCGACGGUGUAAAAUUGACUGAAGCAGAAUAUCGCGAGCUGAGAUACAAGAAGGUGAUUUACGAGCUUGUUGAGAAGCGGUCUGAAGACGCUGAUAACGUAGAUGGGUAUCGAAUGCCUAAAGCUUACGAUCAGGAAGGCGGUGUGAAUCAAGAGAAGAGAUUUUCUGUCGCUAUGCAGCGUUACAGGGACUCGGGUGCUGGAGACAAAAGGAACUUCUUUGCAGAACAAGAAGCAUGGGAGGAGCAUCAGAUUGGAAAAGCUACCCUUAGGUAUGGUUCAAAAGAUAGGAAGCAAAAAGCCGAUGAGUUCCAGUUUGUAUUCGAGGACCAGAUUGAUUUCAUUAAGGCAUCUGUGAUGGAUGGUGUCAAAUUUGAAGAUGAGAUUCCUGCUGAGUCCCUCGACAAAUCGAUGGAGAAAUCAGCAUUUGAGAAACUUCAGGAGGGCAGAAAAACUUUGCCUAUUUAUGCAUAUCGAGAUGAGUUGCUUCAAGCUGUUGAAGAUCAUCAGGUUCUUGUUAUAGUUGGGGAGACGGGCUCCAGGAAAACCACGCAAAUACCCCAGUAUCUACAUGAGGCUGGAUACACGAAACGAGGAAAGAUUGGAUGUACACAGCCGCGGCGAGUUGCUGCUAUGAGCGUUGCUGCCCGUGUUUCUCAAGAGAUGGGUCUCAAACUUGGCCACGAGGUUGGUUAUUCCAUUCGUUUCGAAGAUUGCACUUCAGAGAAGACACUUGUGAAGUAUAUGACUGAUGGUAUGCUACUUCGGGAGUUCCUCGUGGAACCUAAUCUCGCAGGUUACAGUGUUGUGAUGGUGGAUGAGGCCCACGAAAGAACUCUCUCAACCGACAUUCUGUUCGGUUUAGUUAAGGAUAUUGCCCGGUUUAGACCGGACCUCAAGUUGCUUAUCUCAAGCGCGACUCUUGAUGCAGCGAAGUUCAGCGAUUACUUCGAUUCUGCUCCAAUUUUUAAGAUCCCCGGUAGGCCGUUUGAAGUUGAGGUGCAUUACACAAAAGCACCGGAAGCUGAUUACUUGGAUGCAGCUAUUGUAACUGCUCUGCAAAUCCAUGUCACUCAGCAACCUGGAGAUGGUGACAUCCUGAUCUUCUUCACUGGGCAGGAGGAGAUCGAAACAGCCGAGGAGAUAUUAAAACACAGGACAAGAGGGCUUGGAACUAAAAUUCCGGAGCUCAUCAUAUGCCCUAUCUACGCAAACCUUCCAACAGAGCUACAGGCAAAAAUAUUCGAACCCACCCCCAAAGGAGCACGUAAGGUUGUCCUUGCCACAAAUAUAGCAGAAACCUCAGUAACAAUCGAUGGGAUUAAGUACGUCAUUGAUCCAGGAUUUUGCAAGAUGAAAUCGUAUAAUCCGCGAACUGGGAUGGAGUCGUUAUUGGUCACUCCCAUCUCCAAAGCAUCUGCAACUCAGAGGGCUGGUCGAUCUGGACGGACAGGUCCCGGGAAGUGCUUUCGAUUAUAUACUGCUUACAACCAUGACAAUGAUAUGGAUGACAAUACUGUCCCUGAGAUACAACGGACUAACCUCGCAAAUGUUGUUCUCACUCUUAAGAGCCUUGGCAUUCACGACCUGGUGCAUUUUGAUUUUAUGGACCCACCACCAGCUGAAACUUUGCUAAAAGCCUUGGAAUUGCUCUUUGCUUUGGGUGCAUUGAAUAAGUUGGGAGAAUUGACGAAAGUAGGCAGAAGAAUGGCGGAGUUCCCUCUUGAUCCCACUUUAUCUAAAAUGAUUGUUGCAUCAGAGAAAUACCAGUGCUCGGAGGAGAUCAUAUCGAUCGCUGCUAUGCUUUCUGCUGGAAGCUCAAUCUUUUACCGCCCGAAGGACAAGCAAGUCCAUGCUGACAUUGCACGAACGAAUUUUCACAUGGGGAAUGUUGGAGAUCAUAUCGCGUUGCUUAAGAUCUACAGUUCCUGGAAAGAAACCAAUUACUCAACUCAGUGGUGCUAUGAGAAUUACAUCCAGGUUAGGAGUAUGAAGCGUGCAAGAGACAUAAGAGAUCAAUUGGAGGGCCUAUUGGAGAGGGUUGAGAUUAAACUGAUGUCGAACUCUAAUGAUCUAGAACCAAUAAAGAAGGCUAUAACGGCAGGUUUUUUCCCUCAUUCAGCCAGGAUGCAGAAAAACGGUUCUUAUCGGAAAGUCAAAACUCCCCAGACGGUUUAUAUUCACCCGAGUUCUGGUUUAGCACAAGUACUUCCAAGAUGGGUUAUUUACCAUGAAUUGGUUCUGACAACAAAGGAGUACAUGCGGCAGGUUACAGAACUGAAACCGGAGUGGUUGGUUGAGAUCGCUCCACACUAUUACCAAAUGAAGGAUGUGGAAGAUCCUGGAUCAAUGAAAAUGCCUCCCAGUGCAGGACGUGCGUCUCAGUAUUGAAUUAAGUGGUGCUGGGGGAAGAUUCAGAGAUGCUGAGAGCAGAAGUAGCUGUUGGCAAAUUUUGUGAAUUUUUUGACUUAUUUUUGUGAAUCUCAGGAGUGAAUUGUGUAACUGUUAUUCCCGCUUAUUAACUGGUUUUAAUCAAUCCUUUUUUCCGCAUCUGAUGGCAGAAUAAGGGUGUAUAAUUAUUGCAAAGGAAAUGCCUUGGCUGUACUGAAGUAUCACCAUGCCACGAGUAAGGGUGUAUAAUUAUCGCAAGGGAAUUGCCUUGGCUGUACUGAAAUAUCACCAUGCCAGCCACGCAUGUUGAUUCAAUUUCUGCAGUGAAACGCUGUUUUGUUCUCACCUGAUUGUAAGCUAAUGGCCUCUUCAUCGGAAGACACUACAGUGGCGCUCUGGGAACUUUACCCUCCUCCAACGUCAACUUGAGCAGGUAGAGUAUUCACUGGAAUUUAUAUGUGCAGUUUCGGGUAGUUCUGCAUCUUCUGUCAUACUGGACAAUACAUGUCCUCGACUUGUUUUUAUUAUUAUCUGGCUAACUGGAAAGUAUGCUUUUUUGUAUUGCUUAUGAAGGCGAAGCAGAUACUUCAUUUCCUAUUAAGUUGCUGUAAGUAUUAACUGUUGUGACAUAACAGUGAUGGGGAGUUCAAUGGAUGGCUCCACUCACGGUUGUUGAUCUAUUACUAUGGUGGAAAUGUUGGAAUAUGAAACCGAAGUAGAGAGUAAUUUAAUUUGGAACUGCAUUCCUUUAGCAACAAUAUGGACCAUUUGGAAUACUAGAAAUGCUUAUAUGUUUUCGAUAAUGCAAAUCCGGACUGGGUGGAGAUCCUAGAGCUAAUUAAGACAAGAGUAGCACCAUGGGUGAAAACUAGAGGGGAAAAUGAACAGUACACGGUCAAUGA